GUCCAUUCCAACCUACACUAAUGCAUGUACCCGUGCAUAGGCGUACCUGUCUUAGGCGGGUAUAUUUUCUUGGAACCCAUCGUGAUGUUGGCACGCUCUCUGAGGGAGAUUCUCUCGGUGAUAUUGUACUAGCUUGGAUACUCCAGCAGCUACAUGAUAUCAGUAUCAUCUUCAAUCAAGGUGGAAUUGAUAGUCAAUUUCCACGUCCCAGCGCCGAAUAUUCUCUAAGGCAGACGUAAAGCCAUGGUUGGGUGCAUGAUUUAAUUCAGCAACCUUUCACUUAUCUGUGGAAGCCGCUUGGUAAAUAAGUUCGACGGCCAUGUCGCAGCUGUAGGGAUGGGUGGGUAACAAAUGAAAAGGGGUUUAGGGGUACACACCGGUCCAUUCAGGGGUAUUCAGUCGAAAGGAAUGAGGGUCAGACUUAUUCAUGGCGUCCAAAUAAAAGGUCUGGUAUCGAUUGCGCGAAUGAUUCCAAGGAUCCACCGACUAUUGCUGAGGAACCCCUUGGAGAUUAUGAGGCUUGGUUACAC